CCAAUCAGAUUGCUCUGAAAAAGUUCCCUCCCAUUUGAUAUAAUUCCAAUAAGCUAAAUCAUCUUUUGAUAUGAUCUAAAUUAGGUGCAGUCUCUCAUGUGGAAAGAGCAGAAAAUGCUUAUCAUAUGUUAUAUGCUGCUCUUGCUCAAAAUUGGACGAUGCACAGGUGAUCAGAUCUUUGAGACGAAGACUGUUGGUGUUGGAGAGGAUGUGACUUUAAAUUGUAACCGCCAGGAAUCUGACUACACAGCAGCCUUGUUUUGGAUCAGACUUGUUUCUGGAAACUUUCCUGAAUUCUUGGCAGGAACACUUGUCAUUGAUUAUGAUUUUGAUGUUGUUAACAAGACUCCUCACAUUUCAGCAAAACAAGUGCCCGGAACAUUUAUUCUGCAUAUUAAUAAAACAAAGCCGAGCGAUACUGGAGUUUACUACUGCAUAAAGGUAAAAGGACGGACCAUAAUGACAUUUUUGAAUGGAACACUUCUGAGAAUCAAAGAAUCAGAACCUAAUAUUACUGCCAUCAUCCAAGACCAUCCAUCUGUUCCACUCCAUCCAGGAGACUCAGUGACUCUUCAGUGUUCAGUCCUCUCGGAGAAGAAAACAUGUCCCGGUGAACACCGUGUGUUCUGGUUCAGAGCCGGAUCAGAUAAAUCUCAUCCCAGUUUAAUUUAUGCUCAUGGAAACCACGGUGAUGAAUGUGAGAAGAGUCCUGAGGCGUACUCUCCACAGAAAUGUGUUUACAACUUCUCUAAGAACGUCAGCUCCUCUGAUGCUGGGACUUAUUACUGUGCUGUGGCCACAUGUGGGCAGAUUUUAUUUGGAAGUGGAACAAAACUGGACAUUGAAGCAUUCAACGUGUGGGAUUUGCAAAAGGCCAACACAGUUCUGUUUGUGUUAUGUGCAGCUUUGGCUAUAAGUCUGAUCAUUAUUGCCUUCCUGAUUUAUACCAUCAAGAAGAAAACUUGUGAUUGCUGCAACGCUGCCGAUCUGCAAACAAAUGCUGCAACAGCCAGCGGUGAUCAGCAAAGUCAGCAGAGAGAUACUGACUUAUUGGCUUAUUCUGCACCAACCUUCAACAAAAGGAAAACUGGCAGAGCAGAGAGAAAGAAUGUUAAAACAGCAGAGGGAGAGACAAUCUACACGGAUGUCAGGACUCUAGUGAUCGAUUGUUCAAGCAGUGCUGUGCACACUAAGAAAAAGCAGAUGGUACAAAGCAAGACACAAAGACCAGAACCUGAUCCCACUGCUGUCCCUCCAUCUGAUCCAGUCGGUCCAGGAGACUCAGUGACUCUGCAGUGUUCAGUCCUCUCGGACUCUGAGAACAAGACGUGUCCAGAAGAACAAACUGCUGUUGCACUGCAAACAAAUGCUGCAACAGCCAGUGGUCAUCAGCAAAGUCAGCAGACAGACGAGGACUUGGUUUAUUCUGCACCAAUCUUUACCAGUAGGAAAGCUAGCAAAGGAGGGACAAGGGAUGCAAAAACAGAGGAGGAAGAGAGUAUCUACUCUGACGUCAGGGCUCAGGGGUGCUGCGAGCAAAUCACUACGCCCAAGUAUCAGAAGUUGCAGUGCAAAAGCAAGUGCUUCGCUUCCCUACGAGGCCACUCCCAAGCCACACCUACCGGUUACAGAGAGGCAGUCAAGUCAAAUACAUUAUCAUGGCCCUGUGACAUCACCCCUUUUCUCACUGAAAUGCCAACAAUUAUUCUAACAAGACACAAUGUCAAGAUGAUCCUGUUAUGGGUUACACUGCUUGUUCUUCAUCAAGGAUAUUCACUAGUUCCUGUUACCACAGUUCGACUUGGUGAACCUGCAACCUUCACGUGUGUUCUCCAUUAUAAGGAGACUGACCGUCCACAGCUCGACUGGUACAAGCAGAGUGCCGGGGAAACUCUGAAAUUAAUUGUGACAAAGCGUAAAUCUACAAAACCUGCGUAUGCACCAGAGUUUUCUGAAUCAAGAUUGGAAAUAAAAAAUGAUGACAAUUUUAGCAACCUGACCAUUCUGAGGACAAUCCAAGAAGAUGAGGGAAUGUAUCACUGUGCAUCCACGGAGUGGCAGACAAGUCCUGUAUGGAGUGGGACAUAUUUGUUAAUAAAAGGAAACACUCAGAGGACAUCAAACUACACUGUUGUUCAGUGGCCGACAGUAUCUGAUCCAGUCCGUCCAGGAGACUCUGUGACUCUCCAGUGUUCAGUCCUCUCCGACUCUGGGAACAAGACGUGUCCAGGAGAUGACAGUGUGUUCUGGUUCAGAGCCGGAUCGAAUAAAUCUUAUCCGGACAUCAUCUACACUGAAGGAAGAAGACAUAAUGAAUGUGACAAGAGAUCUGACACUCAGAAGAGUUGUGUUUAUCACUUCUCUAAGAACAUCAGCUCCUCUGAUACUGGGACUUACUACUGUGCUGUGGCCACAUGUGGGGAGAUAUUAUUUGGAGAUGGAACUAAACUGCAAAUCGAGCGAACAGCAAGUGCUGAAUUUAUUGUGCUGGUGAUAGCAACAGUCUGCUUGGUCAUUUCUAUGACUGGAAACAUUGUUUUCAUCUGUUACCGAACUUCAACACCAGUAUGUUCACAAUUUAAAGGAAUAGAAAGCGCCUCUUCCCAAGCAAGACAUGACAACUCAAGACAAUCAGUACAUGAUAUUACUGAAGAUGGACUUGAUCUGAACUACGCUGCAUUGCAUUUCUCUGGAAAAAAAACUACAAGAGGAAGGAAGAAGACAGAGUUGAAAACUGAAGAAAGUGUGUACUCUCAAGUUAAAUGCUGAAUGUGAAUGUGUCUAUAAAAUCGUAUAGGUUGGUUUAGAGUACUGACCUCUUACAAUGAUGAUCAUUUUAAACGCUGUGGGUUCCCCUCUAACUUUUUUGAGAGUGAGGCGUUUUAUACCAAGAGUCAAAAUCAUAGCAUUUACCAUUAUUUGGUCCUUGCAUAAUUUUAUGUGUCUGUCUGUGCUGUCAUUCUUUUAUCUU